AUGGAUCACACCUGUCUGAUGCAUGUCAUCCACUCACUAAAACAACAUCUCAAGGAUGGAAGAAUCACAUUUGGUGGACAAACGCCCCCUUCAUGUGAGGAGACGAACCUCCUUUCCGAACAAUAUGAUCCCCAGGUCGAGUGUACAUGCGAGGAUAUUGAGCCUGCCACCCGGCUACAAAAUAAAUGUAACUCUGGGCAACACGAAUGCCGUGCUAUUCGAAGCAUGAAGGAAGUCAUGGAAAAAGUCAUCGAGCGAAAAGACGAAUGGCAUAACACCGGUCUCUUCACACCAGCGAAACUCAGACUCGCAGUUGAUGAGCUGGUAAACUCAAACACCAAUAUACAAGAGUCUCCCAAAAUAUGCCUGGGAACAGAUAUAUUAUCUUCCAUCCCAAGAAUCCAAGCACCAGACCGUCGCCCAAACCCAUCUGUCGACACCAACCCUCGAAUCGGAAAUCAGCUAUACCCGACCGCCGAGCAACUCAAGAUCUGCACCGACGCAAAGUACUUCGGCGUGAUAUCUUGCGGCGGAAGUCUCUGUGAUGAAGGUUUGGCUCGCGCUGUGGCUGACUCAUGCAACGACAUCUUGAUCGGUGACUACUGCGAGGCCGCAGAUGCAAAGGGCCUCAAGCUACUCCAACAAGUCGGCGCGGCGGCCAUGUCAUUUUUGAAACUCUGCAAUAUGGCCGGUCGGGUCACAGACUGGCAGUUUAAUAACUUGUAUGCAUACAUCGUGCAGUGUCGGGUUCUCGGCUACUAUCGCGAUCACACCCGCUCUCAUCUGCCAGAUGGCAUCUAUGGAAGUCGGAUGACGGGACUCGGGGUGCAUAGACACAUCGAUGUUGCUGCUUUCCAUGGAGUUAUGACUGCUUCACUUGGGACGGGCCAGGAGGUGACUGAAGAGCAAUUCUCGCGGAUCGUGGAGGCGACAGUUUAUAUUAGUGAUUUUGUUGAUCUCCGUGGGGAUACUAUGCGCAAGCAACGUGAGAAUGUUAUACUCCGAGGCAUUCGAGGUGAUCUAUGCAAAUAUCUUGAUGAGACGAUUGGGAACUGCUUAGAUUUAGUGGCUGAUGUGAUUGAGUCGAGCGAAUUGGGAGCACUGGUUGUCAUGGGGUAUUGCAACUGGGCUAUCAUGUCAGCCCAUCAUAAGGUCUAUGAGUUGCUCAGGGGGAUUCAACAAGUUCAAAAACAAUCUGCGUGCGAAUAUGUGUCAGUGUCUCAGGCCACGCGAUAUGAACGGUUGAUUGAAGCGCUGAGGCCCUAUGGUACUCUUGGCAAUGAUGGACCACGAGUGUCAAAAAAGAGAAUUGAGAUGGAUAAGUCUUAUGCUCUCUGCCAAGGAUCUUCAGAGAAACAUCUCGCAUGGCUUGCUGAUGCUACUCGGAGCUUGUUAGAGCCGACAACGCUGAGGCAGGUUUUAGAUGUGGUGCAUUUCGAGUGGAGCGGCGACGUGGGGGCUGUCGAUUAUUGUCCUUGA